AUGUACGAAAAAGCAAAACUGGAAAAUGGAUGCAACAUCAGGCUCCUCGAACUCGAGCCAGGUACAGCCGACGAUCCUGUCCGUUGCCGACUGCAGCCUGUUUCAUUGGAAUCCUGUCCAUCGUAUGAAUGUAUCUCGUACGUCUGGGAAGGACUUCCUGGAAAUGCGACCAUCUUCUGUGAAGGUCAGCCCGUCGAAAUCAAGGCUAAUCUGUAUGCCGCAUUGAAAGCCUUUCGGGACGUGGCCAAGGCUCGCACUCUCUGGGCCGACGCUCUGUGCAUAAAUCAGAAAGACAAACCGGAAAAAGCCAGGCAGAUCCCCUUGAUGCCGCAGAUCUACGGACGGGCCCGACAAGUUCUCCUCUGGCUUGGUCCAUCUCAGAGGCUCACAGAGGAGGCGUUUGACAAAUUGAAACUCCUUGCCAUGUUGUGGGAACAACGGGCUGGACGAAUUGAUAGACGACCGAGCCCAGAAGAAUACAAACACUUGGUCAUCCAUCACAGAUGUCACCUGGACGAUGCGUCCGUUUUUAACAUUAACCAGACACCUAGUUGGGCCUCUGCAGAUAUUUGUACUCCCAAAGACAUCAUCAACCGCCGGGACUCGUUGCCGAGGAGAUGGGGACAAAAGGGGUCCCAAACAUUCGAAUUCGACAACGCUUCUAUCUGGGAAGCCGUGGAAGGUCUGUUUUUCAAUGUUUUCUUCUCACGUGCCUGGAUUAUGCAAGAGGUAGCACUUGCCAGCCUUGCACUGGUAUACUGUGGCGGUUUUUCACUCUCCUGGGAGAUAUUCCAUAGUGCAUUUAACGGAUGGGAGCUUCUCUUGUUUCAUCUAUCAAGACAACAUGACGCAAUGGAUGGGAUAGCCGCAGGCAUUUGCACGGUCGGAGAAGCAAGGGAGAGCUUUCGUGUUUCUGAGAUGGGCAAAGACCUUUCGACCGCAGUGGCCAGGUUCGCAUUCUCCAAAGCAACUGAUCACCGAGAUUACAUCUACGCUGCACUAGGCAUGAUCACGACCCAUCAUGGCAUUAUACCAGACUACGAAAAGGACGUCGAGGAGGUUUUCUUAGACGCGGCAAAGCGCAUGAUAUCCCAACGACAAGAUCUGUACCUUUGGGGUCGUAAUUGCUCUCCUCGAAGGAAACGUUACAAGGCACUACCUACUUGGGUUCCAGACUGGUCGGUUCAAAACGAUCAUUAUGCUUUCCUGCAUAUGACCAGAGAGUCAGUAACAGACGUUCCAGGCCAUUGUACGACAGUUGGACGUCGACUGAGGGUCAACGUACACUUGCUCGAUACCGUCUGCUUUGUCACCAAGGUCAACCUCGAUGGUACAGUGUUGGGAGGAGCAGCAGAAAAUAUUCUUUCGAUAUUUACGCGCUUGGGACUCGACCUCUUUGGCGUCUAUCGAACCGACUAUUUUGGUGAAGGUCAAACACCUAAUAGCUGGAGACACCUGAGUGAGCCACAGAGUGUCCAACUAUCAAGGCUGGGAGACGUCUUCUCUAUUCUGACCAAGCUUAAUCGAGUGCCCAGUUGUGUGUUGAAAACACUGUCUGAAUUUCUUGUUUUAGGAGAGCGACCUGGAGAUCACCAAAGACUCAACAUUGAGGCAUUGUGGGAUGCCUUAUGCCAUAGUUCCUUCCAGUUCAAUAGGGGCAGAAAUCCUGGGCUUCAACUUUUUCUGUCCUGGUGGUUUGCAGCCGCUUGUUCAGCAUGUGGCAGCUUCACGAUAGAUGGAAUUAUCAAGGCUCCUAAGGCGUACGACAUCUGGGUGGUGGCAGCGAUGCAAUUAACCGCAUCCGAGGAGUCGUGUCGGAAGUCCUUUGAGAGCAUUAUUGCCGGGAUCAUGUCCUCUAUUCAGGGAGGAAAGGACUUGUUUGUCACCAAUUCAGGAUAUAUCGGUCGCUGCUCUCCCGGCGCUGCAAAACCUGGACAUCAUGUGGCCAUUCUCGGGGGCGCAUACCGACCGUACCUUCUCGAGAAGCAGACCAGCGGCCUGUUUCAAUUUGUCUCGUAUGCGUACGUAGAGGGUAUGAUGGGCGGGAACAUUACGCUGCCUCCACGCGCCAAGGUCAGUAUGAUCGAGAUUGAAUGA